AUGUUCUUUCGUGCGGUUGUUGAUCGUGACGAUCAGUUGUUCUUGUGGUUGUUUGAUCGUGACGAUCAGUGUUCUUCUUUGUUCUUCUUGAUCGUUGGUCGUGACGACUGCGUUCUUCUUGUAGUUGUUGAUCGUGACGAUCAGUGUUCUUUUGUGUUGUUGAUCGUGACGAUCAGUGUUCUUCUUGUAGUUGUUGAUCGUGACGAUCAGUGUUCUUUGUGGUUGCUGAUCGUGACGAUCAGUGUUCUUCUUAUGUUCUUCUUCGUGGACUAUCAGUGGUUGUUGAUCGUGACGAUCAGUGUUCUUCUUGUGGUUGUUGAUCAGUGUGACGAUCAGUGGUUGUUGAUCGUGACGAUCAGUGUUCUUCUUGUGGUUGUUUGUCGUGACGAUCAGUGUUCUUCUUGUGUGUUCUUCUUGUUGUUGAUCGUGAAGUUCUUCUUGUGGUUGUUGAUCGUGACGAUCAGUGUUCUUGUAGUUGUUGAUCGUGACUAUCAGUGUUCUUCAGUUGUUCUUCUUCUUGUGGUUGUUGAUCGUGACUGCGUUCUUCUUGUGGUUGUUGAUCGUGACGAUCGUGUUCUUCUUGUGGUUGUUGAUCGUGACGAUCAGUGUUCUUCUUGUAGUUGUGAUCUGACGAUCAGUGUUCUUCUUGUAGUUGUUGAUCGUGACGAUCAGGUUCUUCUUGUGAUUGUUGAUCGUGACGAUCAGUGUUCUUCAUUUGUUGAUCGUGACUAUCAGUGUUCUUGUGUUGUGUUCUUCUUGCGGUUGUUGAUCGUAGACGAUCAGUGUUCUUUCUUGUGGUUGUUGAUCGUGACGAUCAGUGUUCUUCUUGCAGUUGUUGAUCGUGACGAUCAGUGUUCUUCUUGCGUGUUCUUCUUGUGGUUGUUGAUCGACGAUCAGUGUUCUUUUGUGGUUGUUGGUCGACGACGAUCAGUUGUUUCUUUGUGGUUGUUGAUCGUGACGAUCAGUGUUCUUCUUGUGGUUGUUGAUCGUGACGAUCAGUGUUCUCUUUUGAUUGACUUCAGUUUUGUGGUUGUUGGUCGUGGCGAUGCGUUCUUCUUGUGGUUGUUGAUCGUGACGAUCAGUGUUCUUCUUGCGGUUGUUGAUCGUGACGAUCAGUGUUCUUUCUUGUGGUUGUUGAUCGACGAUCAGUGUUCUUCUUGUGUUGCUGGAUCGACUAUGAUCGUGACCAUCAGUGUUCUUCUUGUGGUUGUUGAUCGUGACGACAGCGUUCUUCUUGUGGUUGUUGAUCUUGAUCGGCGAUCGAUCGUGUCUUCGUUCUUCUUGUGGAUGUUGAUCGUGACGAUCAGUGUUCUUCUUGUGGUUGUUGAUCGUGACGAUCAGUGUUCUUCUUGUGGUUUGUGGAUCGUGACGAUCAGUGUUCUUCUUGUGGUUGUUGAUCUGUUCUUCAUGUGGUUGUUGAUCGUGACGAUCAGUGUUCUUCUUGCGGUUGUUGAUCGUGACGAUCAGUGUUCUUCUUGUGGUUUGUUGAUCGUGACGAUCAGUGUUCUUCUUUUAUUUGAUCGUGACCGUCCGUGUUCUUCAUGUAGUUUGAUCGUGACUAUCGAUAUUCUUGCGGUUGUUGGUCGUGACGAUCGUGUUCUUCUUGUGUUGUUGAUCGUGACGAUCAGUGUUCUUCAUUUAGUUGCUGAUCGUGACAUCAGUGUUCUUCUGCAGUUGUUGAUCGACGAUCAUGUUCUUCUUUGCGGUUGUUGGUCGACGAUCAGUGUUCUUCUUGUGGUUGUUGAUCGUGAUGAUCAGUGUUCUUCUGGCGUAGUUGAUCGUGACCAUUUCUUGUGUUCUUCUUGUAGUGUUCUUCUUGUGGAUGAUCGUGACGAUCAGUGUUCUUCGCGUAGUGUUCUUCUUGCGGUUGUUGAUCGUGACGAUCAGUGUUCUUCUGUAGUUGUUGAUCGUGACGAUCAGUUCUUCUUGCGGUUGCUGAUCGUGACGACUGCGUUCUUUUUUGUGGUUGUUGAUCGUGACGAUCAGUGUUCUUCAUGUAGUUGCUGGGAUCGUGACUAUCAGUUGUUGAUCGACUAUCGCGUUCUUCUUGCGGUUGUUGAUCGUGACGACUGCGUUCUUCUUGUGGUUGUUGAUCGCAUGAUCAGUGUUCUUCAUGUAGUUGUUGAUCGUGAUGAUCAGCAAGUUCUUCUUGUGGUUGUUGAUCGUGACGAUCAGUGUUCUUUCUUGUGGUUGUUGAUCGUGACGAUCAUCUUCUUCUUGUGGUUGUUGAUCGUGACGAUCAGUGUUCUUCUUUGUGAGUUGUUGAUCGUGACGAUCAGUGUUCUUCUUGUAGUUGUUGAUCGUGACGAUCAGUGGUGUUCAGUGUUCUUCUUGCGGAUGUUGAUCGUGACGAUCAGUGUUCUUCUUGUGGUUGUUGAUCUGUUCUUCUUGUGGUUGAUUGGUCGACGAUCAGUGUUCUUCUUUGUGGUUGUUGAUCGUGACGAUCAGUGUUCUUCGUGGAUGUUGAUCGUGACGAUCAGUGUUCUUCUUGCGGUUGUUGAUCGUGACGAUCAGUGUUCUUUUGUGUUGUUGAUCGUGACGAUCAGUGUUCUUCUUGUGGUUGUUGAUCGUGACGAUCAGUGUUCUUGUGGGUUGUUGAUCGUGACGAUCAGCGUUCUUCUUGUAGUUGUUGAUCGUGACGAUCAAGUGUUCUUGUGGAUGUUGAUCGUGACGAUCAGUGUUCUUCUUGCGGUUGUUGAUCGUGACGAUCAGGCGUUCUUCUUGUGGUUGUUGAUCGUGACGAUCAGUGUUCUUCUUGUGGUUGUUGAUCGUGACGAUCAGUGUUCUUCUUGUGUGUUCUUCUUGCGGUUGUUGAUCGUGACGAUCAGUGUUCUUCUUGUAGUUGUUGAUCGUGACGAUCAGUGUUCUUCUUGUAGGUUGUUGAUCGUGACUAUCAGUGUUCUUCUUGUGGUUGUUGAUCGUGACGACGUGUUGUUGAUCGUGACGAUCAGUGUUUUUCUUCUUGUUGUUGAUCGUGACGAUCAGCGUUCUUCUUUGGUUGUUGAUCGUGACGAUCAGUGUUCUUCUUGUGUGUUCUUUCUUGUGGAUGUUGAUCGUGACGAUCAGGCGUUCUUCUUGUGGUUGUUGAUCGUGACGAUCAGUGUUCUUCUUGUAGUUGUUGAUCGUGACGAUCAGUGUUCUUCUUGUGUGUUCUUCUUGUGGUUGUUGAUCGUGACGAUGUUCUUGAUCGUUGACGAUCGUGAGUUCUUCUUGCGGUUGUUGAUCGUGACGAUCAGUGUUCUUCUUGUAGUUGUUGAUUGUGACGAUCAGUGUUCGUUUCUUUUGUUGAUCGUGACUAUCAGUGUUCUUCAUGUAUUUGUUGAUCGUGACGAUCAGUGUUCUUCUUGUGGUUUGUUGAUCGUGACGAUCGGUGUUCUUCUUGUAGUUGUUGAUCGUGACGAUCAGCUAACCCUUGGUUGUUCUUCUUCUUAG